UUAUCUGUCCGCUGCCAGUCCCGUACUCGAGUUCCUCCGCUUGCCCUAAUCAGAAGGGGGAGCUCUUGAGGCAAGAAAAGAUGGCAACUUUGUUGGCAAACCGAAGGUUUCACAUCUCCCUCCAUGGCCAGUUUCGAUGCCUCGUUAUUUCUUCGGGGGUGAAGAACAGACGUGAUUCAUCCGGUCGUGUUAGAUGCAUUCCGGGGGAAUACGCCAAGAUCAGGAAAGCAGCAAAUUUUUCGCAUCUGAAGACUGCCAAGGAGAAAGAAACCUACCCGACCGAAACAGUCUCUUCCAAAAAUAUCAAAUUUCACCGGAUUUUUUCACGCAACAGUCUCCCUGAUGCAGAGGGCGCAAGCUCAAGUGGUAUCUUUGAUAGAGCUGAAGAACUCCUAGAGUUCAAAGAUGUCAGUAGUUGUUCUCUAGAUAUCAUGGAGGAUGCUGCAGAGGAAGAGUUUGGACAAUGCCCUGGUGAGGAACAAGAUUCUGAUAUAACAAAGAUCGCUGAAACUGGGGAAGUAAUGAAAAGUAGAAUUAAGCAGGAUGCUGAGCAAAUGGCAAUUGAAUUACUUUCGGCCAGAGCAUUUACAACACUUGAGCUGCGAAAAAAAUUACGAGGCAAAAAAUACCCUCUUGAUAUAGUUGACUCGCUGAUAGCCAGUUUAAAAGACAGGGGUUUGAUAAAUGAUGGUCUAUAUGCGGAGUCAUUCUCUCACUCUCGUUGGUUGUCCUCGACUUGGGGUCCAAAGCGUAUAAAAAAGGCACUUAGGCACAAAGGGGUGAGUGAAAUGGUAGCAGAUAAAGCAACAAAAGAGGUAUUUGAGGAGGAUGACACUGGUGGCAACGAUCAGAACAUACAACAUGGCAUUUCCAAACAUUCAAUGGAACGUCUCUAUCUUCAGGCCUCUAAGCAGUGGUUUCGCAGCCAGGACUCAUCUCUUCAGAUUCGGAAGUCGAGAAUUGUAAGGUGGCUGCAGUACCGUGGAUUCAGCUGGGUAAUCACUAACAACAUAUUAAGAAGGCUCGAAUCAGAUUAUCCACCAUGAGAGUGUCCUUGGCAACCUGCUGAUAAUUUCUCCAAAAUCCUGCUGUAAUUAUUGCCCAGCACCCUUCAAAAUCGCCACAGCAAAAGUGAUGGAGCUAGUGCCCUGGAUGCUGACCACAUCAAUAUUUAAGCUGAAUUAGUAGAGGGAUCUUGGUUUUGGUCUGGAAUGCAUUAAUUAAAUGGACUUUUGCCUGCAUUGUACCACUACGGAAGGAAACUCCAUCGAAGCCUUGUGAAGUCUAAAGGUUUGGAGAGUGGCUUCUGCUGAAUCACUUGUGGAGAACAUGCUUGCCUACUCUUGAUGCAUGUUGAUAAUGGCAUGACCAAUUGGUUGAUGUUCCAAAUCCUGCACUCGGGGAUGUGCGUUCAUCUCAUUGUCUUUUGGAGUUGGCAAAAGCAAUCAAGCUUUAUUCUCUAUAUGUGAGGCUAGUUGCACACAAGACUAACAGUGAUUAGAGUAUCUUUCACAACUUAAUGCUGAAACUUUUUGUUUUUUGCUUCCUAACAAUUUCCAUGGAGUUUUACAAGGUAUAAAUGCCAAUUAUACUUUCAUUGUCUCUA